UUCCUCAAUCGACAACUUGAGUCAAUUAUAUGAUUGAAUAUAUUAUUAGUUUAUAUUCAAAAUGUUGAAAACUUUCAACACAAAUUUAUGAGAAAUUUAGGCAAGAGACAAUUUAUUGAACUGAAUUGAUAAAAAAAAUUAUUGAACUGAAUGAAUUUUUAACUCAAAGCAUGAAUUGAUUACAUCAACAAAUAAAAUAAUGGACACAGUGUUUCGUGAGAGUUUAACAUAUAAUUAAUUAGACUAUGUCUCAUAAAACCAGCAUUUAAUUUGAAUGCAUAAUAGCACAAACAUUUGUAAAUAGUGAAUUAAAACACAUUAAAAGUAAAAAAAAAAAUUUGAUUCACAUAAUAAAUAUCGAAACUCGAUCGACCCAUGGGCAUAGCACAAGAGAAAAAAUUUGGAGAAAAACGACCAAUAGUAAAAACUAAAAAGGGAAAACUUAUUGCAGUGUGCAUGUCUUUUGUUAGAUAGGCUACAUUUCCAUAGAAUUGCUUGUAAAAUGAUGCAAAGCACAUUGUUUGUUGAGUAAACACCAUUAAUAUGGUGAGGGAUUGAGAGUGGAUUUGUGCUCCUUAAUUUUCGAUGACAGAAUUGCUAUUUGGACUUUUCAAAUUGAGAAGUUCAGCGUUGGAUUUAACUUUUUUUUUAACCUAAAUCUUCUUAUUGAUAAGGUUGUACAAUAUCCAGUGCUGCCAGCAGGUUGAGGAAUGGAUCCGACUACCGGUCCACCGAUCCCUCCAAGUGCUAGUCCGAGUCCUCCGUUUGUGGGUCCGGCUGAGCCAAGUGUGCUUGUAUGUAUGUGGGAUGGGGCAGUACGGAGUGGAUCUCAUUCGGCUGGAGGGAUAGUUUUCCUCAAUCACGCUAGGGAGGUCCUUUGGGAUAUGGGGGUCCAGUUUCCUUUGGUUGAUGAUCCAAUUGUGACUGAGUUACUUGUCCUCCGAGAGGCAAUCUCUUGGUGUUUGGGUCAUGGUUUUUUGGAAAUGAGAUUUGAAGGAGAUGCCAAAGUGGUUAUUGACAAUAUCAAUAAGGCUGAUGUUCGUGAUAAUCGGAUGGGGGCUAUUCUUUAAGAGGUUGUGCAGUUUUUAUCAAUGACAUUGGGCUUCAGUGUGCGAUUUGUAGGUCGGGGUAGCACUAGGGUAACUCAUUUGAUAGCUAGAAAGACCCUGUCUUUAUACCCGACUACGUGUCGCUUCUUUGAUUUUCAGGCCUGGCAGAAUGCCAAGGUGUAAUUGUCUUCUUGUUCUGAUCAAUAUAUGAUUACUGUAAAAAAAAUUAUACAAUCAAAUCAUGAAAGGAACCCAACAAAUUGUAAAAAGUAAAAACCAUAAAAUCAAUUAUUUAUUAAAGUGCCCACUCAAGUAAAAUAUUAUUUAAUUUUUUGUAUUUGUCUAGUAUGAAUGCACAUUUUACUAUGAUAAUUUGUUUUGUUAUUUCAUAUAAUAUUAUAUAUGUAUGGUAAUGACCGGUAUAUUAUAAAAAUUUUAUUUUUGUUGAAUUUCCAUUCAAACCAAACCAAACCGUGACUCAAAAGAUCCUAUAAUUUUGAAAUUAAUGGAUGAAUUUAAAUUUACCAUAAUUCAACCGUGACUCAUUGAUUGGUUGGUUAAAAUGUUAGAAACCAACCGAACCAAUCCAUAGCCCCUCACCUCAAAUUUCGGGGUCGUUUAGUUUUGGCGAUACUUAAAUCAAUGCAUUGUAAUAUACAUGCAAUUAAAAAAAAUGAUGUAAUGUACUUUACAUUGUUUGGUUUUGGCGAUGGUUCUUUUGGUAUGCAACAUGUUAUUUUACUUUUUGUGGGAAAUGUCACUUUUGCCCUUGCUUUUAUGAGAACAUAUACGUAUAACUAGGGGUAUACUUGGAACAAAAAAGGAACCCAACAAUCUCCUCAAAAUUAUCUCAACAAUCUCAAGUUUUAUAGAGAUAGUACUAUCACUCAUUUUGAGUGAUAGUUUCCAUCACAUCAAGCAAACAAUGCAUGUAUAGUUUGUGCAAAAAAUUCAAAAAAAGAUGCAUUGUGGACAAUACAUGCAUUGUAACUAUCUCAACCAAACUAUCACCAAAACCAAACGACCUCGUACCAUACUGUUUGGUAUAAAUGAAUUUCAUAAGUUUUGAGUAAUUCAUUUUUAAAUGAAAUCCUUUUGUGUUUAGUAUUUAAAAGAAUUCAUUUGCAAUUCUAAAUUUUGAAUUCUACGGAAUUGGAACUUGUUAUAGCAAUUUCGAGGAAUUGAGAUGAAAUUUGCAAAUGAAUUCCACAAGUAUUUACUAUUUAUAAUAGUAUGACAUAAUUAUUCUCAUUUAUUAACGAAAUUACUUCUACAUAUAUUAUUUGGCGCCAAUUGAUGCAGUAUGAGAAACGUCACCAAGAAUUUGAUUGCAACGUUAGUAGCAUAUGCUAGUUAUUUUAUAUUUUUCUUCUAUUGUAUUAGUACUUUGAGAAGGCACAACUAGAUUGUAAGGUUCAUCCACAAAACAUUAGAAAAUAACUAAUUAAUAGAAUAUAAACACACAAGAACACUUUUGAUAUUCUAUGUAUGGGACCAAAGACGUUUUUUAGAAGAUGAAUUUUCAAUGAAUAUUGUUUUUUCCGAAAAUUAAUAUGGGUAUAGUUGGAGAAACUUUUAAUUUAAUUCAAUUCUAAACAUAUACCAAACAUGGUUUGAGAAUUUAAUUCAUUUAUUUUUAAAGAUUGAAUAUGAGGGUGGAAAUCGGUACGAUAUCGGUAUCCCAAUACCAAAUACCAAAAUACCGAAUUACAUCCUAAAUUCAAUCCCAAUCCCUAAAUACUUUCGGUAUCCCAAUCCCAAUCCCUAAAUAUUUCGAUAUCCCAAUCGGUACUUCGGUAUCCCAAUCGGUAUUAUCGAAUAAGAAAUUAAUUAGAUUUGA